AAAAAAAAAAAAAAAAAAAAAAAAAAAAAGAAAGAACAAUAAAAAGAACAAAACAUGAAAUCUGAUUUUUCAAAUCUGAUUCAAACCACAUUUGUAAGUGGUUUGAAAUGCGAUUCUAAACAGAUUUUACAGGUGUGUCUCAGUCUGUACGCUCUGGCUGCACAGAUCGGAUUUCAAAUUGUCUUUUGCGUCACUCUUAACUCGACACAAUGUCAAACUGGACACGGAAAAGCUGGAAUUAUUCAUAUGGUAUUCAAAUUGUAUGUCUAAUGAUUGCGGUCGUGACUACAGCACGGAACAUCACAAUAUUAUACCAGUGUCCUUUUUCUUGUGCGACGGAGGAGUUCUGCGCCGCGACUCGACAGGGCGCUUAUUUGGAGAGAUGAUGCACCUCCAUUUUUCCUGCAUCCCUUUUGAAAGCCUUGUUACAUAGCUGGGUACGCCUACGUCGUUACCAUAGCAACCCAUACAGAUAGUUUGGUUAUAUCUGGACACGCAAAUUUUAUUUGAUCACUUGCAAUUAAUAGUGCAGACAGUCUGCCUGAAAAGAUCUAAUUAGUGCGAGGACCCUCUUGGAAUUGCUCUGGAAUUGCUCUUUUUUCUUUUUGAGGAAAAAAAAAACUGAUUUGCCUGCAGUCUAAACAUAAGCCUAGCCUUUGUGAAUUGACCCCACUGAUGUAAUUGCAACAAUAUAACAUUUUUAGCACAAAAAGUGGUUAAAUUGUGAAUAUAGAUUUAAAAUGUACAUUUACAUUAAAAAGUUUUUUUUUUUUUUUUUUAAAUACACAAUUUAUAUUUUAAGAAAUAGUUGUGUUCCCCAACUUUAUGUCUGUGGUGGAUGUCGAAAAGAGGGAAUUCUAUUUGGACUAGGCUACUUUCUGUGUGUAAAGGUCAUACAGGUGAUUGUUGAUCUGGCAUUAACAGCGCAUGAUCCGGUGAUUUCAGUGUCUUCGGCUGUCCACAUUAAUUCGGAUGCAGAUGGAAACACUCGUGUUUUCAAAUGUAUCCGGAUUAGUGUUAAACGCCUCAUUAUUGCGGUUCAGUUCGCGGUGAAUGCUGCUCCACAAGAACUGCAUCUCCCCUUAUAAAAAUACUAUCUUCCCAAAUUUGUAAAGAAAAUUUGUUUAGAAACUUCUUUUCCCUGCGGUUGUCAGAAUUGCGGUUGAAUGCAAAAUGAGACAGCCAUAUUAGUGUUGAAAUUAGUAUUUACUGUUCUGAUUUUUUUUAUUAUUUUUUUUUUAUAUUAUUAUUGGUAUUAUUAUUAUUGAUGUUGUGGAUGACGAUGAUGGGGUGUUCCCUCUUCAUCUCGGAUGGGUUGCAGCUGAUGAUGAUGAGUGAGCUCUACAGUAAACAGUGGAAUUCUGAGCAUGUCCCGCAGCGAGAUCCGUCUCUGUUGAGCUCAUGUCCACCCCCUCCGCCGGACUGAGCGCUGCCCCUUUAUCUGCAAUCAUACUGAGAGUCAUCCAGCACAGGGCACAGGACUGAGGGGAGGACAGGAGCCAUGGCCGUGUUCUCAGCGCUUCAUUUACUUUUUCUGUUCCAGCUGUUAACAUCGUCACUCGCCCAGGAGAGGCCGGGUACUCGUGGCGCACCUGGAGCGCCAGGGCCACCCGGACCCCCAGGGAAAGAUGGCAUCGAUGGUAAACCUGGCCCUGCUGGACUUCCUGGAAAGCCUGGGCCGAAAGGAAAAGCGGGUGCCCCUGGCGCAGCAGGGAGCCCGGGACUGCCUGGCCUCCCUGGUGUUGAUGGUUUGACCGGUCCGGAUGGUCCAGCUGGCAAAGAUGGACCCCCAGGAGCAGCAGGAGACCCAGGACCUUCCGGACCAGAUGGACCCCCUGGCAGAGGCAGACCAGGAGCUCCGGGUCUUGCUGGAGAGAAUGGGCUUCCAGGUGGAGCAGGACCUCAGGGGCCGCCGGGGCUUGAGGGUCUUCCAGGACUUCCUGGUCUUCCAGGCUUAGAUGGACCUCCUGGACUUCCAGGAACUCUUCCUGAAGGCAAUGGAGAUCUGCUGUGUCCGGCCAUCUGUCCUCCGGGUCCUCCUGGACCGCCUGGAAUGCCUGGAUUCAAGGGUCAUACAGGUCAUAAAGGAAGCAAGGGAGAGUUGGGGAAAGAUGGUGAGAAGGGUGAUCAGGGCCCGCCUGGUCCUCCGGGAAUCCCAGGGACCGUGGGUUUACAGGGCUCUCGAGGGCUGAGGGGGCUGCAGGGUCCAGUAGGAGCAGUAGGAGACAGAGGAUUGCCUGGUUUCAGGGGAAUACCUGGAAUUGCUGGCAUCAUUGGAAAAACCGGUGAUGUUGGUGAAAAAGGACCUCAAGGUUUCAGAGGGCCCAAAGGAGAGAUAGGAAAAAUAGGCCCCAAGGGAGUACCUGGAGGUGCAGGACCUAAAGGCGAACCUGGCAUCCCUGGCAGGGAUGGGAAGGAUGGGACUCAAGGACUAGAUGGUGAAAAGGGGGAUGCUGGUAGACCUGGAGUACCUGGUGAGAAAGGACCUAAUGGUCUGCCUGGUUUGCCAGGAAAAGCUGGUGCAAAAGGUGCCAAAGGAGGAGUGGGCAGUCCAGGAAAGAUGGGAGAAGCAGGACCAUCUGGAGAGCCAGGUAUACCUGGUGAGAUUGGCAUCCCUGGAGAGAGAGGAGAGGCUGGACCCAGAGGAGUGGCUGGUGGCAUUGGACUACCUGGAAACACUGGACCCCAAGGUGUUAAAGGAUUCCAGGGUGUUAAAGGAGCUCUAGGUGAUCCAGGUCUGCCUGGUCCAACAGGAAUCAGAGGCGGGUUUGGUGAGAGGGGUCCAGUUGGAGCUGGAGGGCCUAAAGGAGAUAUGGGAGUUGCUGGAAGUGAUGGUUUACCAGGGGAGAACGGAGAGCCCGGUCCAUAUGGUCCCGUCGGCCAGAAAGGGGAGGCUGGUAAGCGUGGUGAACUGGGAGCCAAAGGAGUCGUCGGACCACAGGGAGAGAUUGGAGGCAGAGGGCCACCUGGAAAACCAGGACCAAUGGGAUUCCAGGGAGAACAAGGUUUUCCAGGGGUCGCUGGAAAGACUGGUGUCCCUGGUAAACUGGCUAGUGAGCAGCACAUCAGGGAACUGUGUGGCUCAAUGAUUGAUGAUCAGAUGGCUCAGCUAGCUGCUAACCUGAGAAGACCCCUGGCUCCUGGUCCCGUGGGACGUCCAGGACCAGCUGGACCUCCAGGAAAGCAAGGAGAAGUUGGAUCCAUUGGUCACCCUGGAGCCCUUGGCCCGCCAGGCUAUAGAGGACUGCCAGGAGAUCUGGGUGAUCCUGGUCCUCGAGGGGAUGUCGGUGAGCCAGGUGAUAAGGGCCCCAUAGGUAAAGCAAUCGAAGGGCCCAUUGGAGACCAGGGUGACCAGGGUCUGCCAGGCGUGAAUGGCAUCGUCAAAGAUGGCCGUGAUGGAGCACCUGGAGAUCCAGGAGAGCCAGGAGAAGCCGGAAGAGCCGGCAGACCAGGACACCAGGGAUCACCUGGAAUCUGUGACACUUCAGCUUGCCAAGGACCUGUGGUUCACGGGAAGUCCUCCAACCCCAAGAACCAUUAACACCAGAAAGAACAGAUUCCCUUUCAGGAAUGCUUUGGGAGGAGAAACGGAACUGAAGAAGUGUCAGUGGACAUCAAAGCAGCGUUUUCAGAGCUGAACAAACGUCGAGAGUGGAAUGUUCAAGAUUCCAUCAGUGUAACUCAAGAACAUCCACAGGCUUGAAGUACAAACAUGUGUAGAUACAACAGAAGACCAAAUACAUCACACCGUGAAACCAGUUGAUGUAAAAAAAAAAUAUUUCAAUCCUUGUAACGACUCUGUUAGAAGUGUCUUUGUCCAGCACCCAUUAAAAGUGUAAUGCUCUAAUGAAGUACAAGGUUGAGCUUCAUGAGGGGUUUACAGUACCACAAAAUCUGAACUGAGGCAAGAACAGUGAAAAACUAGAGGCUUGUUUGAGGCAUCGAGAAAUGAACACGGAUAUAUUGGAUGUAUUACUGCAAACUGAUUUUCUUUGCCAUUUUAUUCUUACAUUUACCUUUAAAAUUCCAAGUCACCAUUUGAUGAAUGAGAUGCUUCAGACACACUUACUGUAAAAUAUGUCAUUGGCCAUCUGUGGGCUUUAUCAACCGUAUCCACUAGAUACUGGUGCUGUAACUAUUAAAUAUGAUUUUAAAUACUA